AAAAUUUCCAAGAUGGUUCUGGAGUCGAAACACGUACUUCAUCUUACCAGACCUCUUUCAAAGCCGUUCCCUGUGAACGUUACGAUUGAUCCUGUUGUUCUUUUCUCUAUUCUUGAUCAUUCGACGCGUAAGAGCUUGAAUAACAAGCAGGUGAUUGGUACACUUCUCGGAACUCGUUCGGAAGAUGGACGUGAAAUUGAGGUGAAGAGCUGCUUUGCCGUUCCUCAUAAUGAGAGCAGCGAGCAGGUGGAAGUUGAGAUGGAUUACCACAGAGCUAUGUACCAUUUGCACUUAAAAGCCAAUCCCCACGAGGUCAUUGUGGGUUGGUACGCCACGUCCGCUGAGUUGGACCCCUUCAGUGCAUUGAUUCAGAACCUGUAUGCUUCUCCUCCUGAGGCUGGAAGUGCUCCUUUGGGCACAUUCCCUCAUCCCUGUGUCCACAUGACUGUCGACACCGAUGUCACACGCAAGCUGUCUGUGAAGACCUACAUCUCCUCGACCGCUGGUCUCACUGAGCGUAUGGCCGACAGUUGUGUCUUCCUCCCUGUCCCCUGCACCAUUCGUGAUGACGAGAGUGUUCGUGCUGGUCUCAAGGCCAUCUCCGCCCCCAAGAACGAUCCCACUCGUGUGGCCGGCUUGUUGACUGAUGUUGAUCAGCUCCGCAAGUCUGUUCUCGACGUCUUGGGAAUGAUUGACCGUGUGUCUGAUUACGUCCAAAAUGUCAUUGACAACACUGCACCCGCCAAUGUUGCCAUUGGCCGUUAUUUGAUGAAGUGUCUCAGCCUUGUCCCCAGCAUCACGGCUGCAGAUUUUGAGAAGAUGUUUUCUUCUCAUUUGCAAGAUGUCCUUGUGGUUGUCUAUUUGGCAAACACACUGCGCACCCAGAUGGAUAUUUCUUCUCGUUUGAGCAUGCUUAUUUAGUAAGUGAAAAGAUACUUGGGUAGACCGGAUAACAUGGAGGAGAGCGUUUGGAAAUACAGCAGGAGGAGAGUUGAAACGCGAGCUUCGGCUAUAAGGAAGAGAAGUAUUAGUCGUAUGCGACAAGGAUGAUGAUUAAGGAACUCAAUUUUUUAUCCCUUAAGGAGUGGCUUGCCCGUUAGCAACGAAUACCCCCGGUUGUGCUUGGCUUUGCUGGUGGUUUUCGGCAAGCUACGUCUUUACAAGAUAGAGAGGAUUUUGGGGAGCUGAGCGAGGGGAUUGAGUUUCAUUUGCAUGUGUCUGUCAUUUCAAUUUGUCUUUGCUGACUGGCCAGGUAGCGUUCUUAAUGCUGUAAACUUAAGGCCUGGGGCUUCACUUAUUCAUUCACGCCAAACAUUCACGCCGAAAGCAUUAUAUUGGCUCCAACCUCGUACCUUCUUUACAGUAAUUUGCAGUACAUUCUUAAACGAGAAUUGGAGAAUCUGUCUGCAGAGUAGUCCAGUGUUAAAUAAAGUUAUAUAUUUUCGCAGCAAGCGAUAUAUACAUAACAGCGAUUGGUGUAAUAGUCGGCUGCGACAUCUUAAUUUUGAGGUUAUUUUUAAGUGACAACUUGGAACUAGCUACCAAAGUAAAAUCAGUAAACUGAAAACAGAAUAGAUAAUAAAUACUU